UCGCCCGGUUUUUAAACGCUACAAGCCUUUCCACCUUCCCCCUCGGGAGAGAAGCGAAUGGGUGCGGCCACGCGAUCUUGUUUUGCUUCUGUCCUCGCGCCGCGCGCCUCGCUCACGGUUCUUCGCUGAGAGAAACGGGCAAAUUCGGGAAGCCGUCGCGCGGCCGUAAGGUAGAGGUCACUUUCUAUCACCAAAUGGUUAAAUUAAUUUGCACUUUGGCAGACCACAAAGAUGAUGUCAACUGUUGUGCCUUCUCUUCUUCCUAUUUGGCGACAUGCUCCUUGGACAAAACAGUCCGUCUGUAUUCGUUAAACGAUUUUGAUGAGGUUCCUUACUCACCAUUAAAAGGCCACACUUACGCAGUCCAUUGCUGUUGCUUCUCUCCUUCGGGACAUAUUUUGGCUUCAUGUUCUACAGAUGGCAACACAAUUUUGUGGACGACUCAAGAUGGGUUGAAAGUGGCAGUGUUGGAGCAUCCCUGUAGAAACCCUCUAAGAAUUUGUCGAUUUUCCCCUGAUUCCACAUAUUUAGUUUCAGGAGCAGCUGAUGGAAGUGUAAAUGUGUGGAAUGUUCAGACACUAAAAUUGUAUCGGUCUGGUAGUGUUAAAGAUGGAUCAUUGGUAGCUUGUGCAUUUGCUCCUAAUGGACGUUUCUUUGUGACGGGAUCAUCCUGUGGAGAUCUAACUUUCUGGGAUGACAAAAUGAAGUGCUUAUAUAAUGAGAAAGCUCAUGAUCUUAGUGUUACCUGCUGUGACUUUUCUUCAAGGCCACAUUCUGAUAAGCAAGAUGCUGAUUAUUUCAGAAUGGCAUCUUCUGGUCAGGAUGGCAUAAGUAAGAUCUGGCUCGUUUCAUCUUCUGAUUCUACAGGAUUUGACCUGCAAUAUAGAUGUACUUUAAGUGGACAUACUGCCCCGGUUCUGGCUUGUGCUUUUUCCUCCAAUGGGCAGGUUUUAGUUACUGGAUCUGUGGACAAAACUGUAAUGAUUUUUGAAACUAGCACUGGGAGCAACUUGCACAUUUUGACUCAGCAUACUAGAUAUGUUACAACUUGUGCCUUUGCACCAGAUAUGCCAUUAUUUGCUACCGGUUCAAUGGAUAAAUGUGUCCACAUCUGGCAACUGGAACCAGAGCAACUUUUCACAGGAAGUCCUCUGAUAAGGGAAUCAAAAAUUUCUGUUGAUAACUGGACAGAAGAAGAUGUUUCCGUUUGGCUUCAAACACAUAACUUGCAAGUUCUAGUUGAGAUUUUUAAAAGAAACAAUAUUGAUGGUAAAGAAUUGUUAAAUCUUACAAAAGAGAGCUUGAUUGAUGAUUUAAAAAUUGAAUCUUUAGGUCUUCGCAGUAAAGUUUUGCGUAACAUUGUGGAGCUGAGGAAUGAGAUGAAAUCUGCUUCUCUAGGCAUUCCUGAUGAAUUCCUGUGUCCCAUAACCAAAGAACUUAUGAAAGAGCCAGUGAUUGCUGCAGAUGGCUACUCCUAUGAGAAGGAAGCAAUAGAAAAUUGGAUAAUUAAAAAACGGCGUUCUAGUCCAAUGACGAAUCUUUCUCUUCAGAGACUUGUACUCACCCCAAACCGAACCCUAAAAAUGGCUAUUAAUCGCUGGUUGGAAACUCAUCCGGAAUAUAAUGAAAAGCAAGCACCUUAAAAACUUUCAUCUUCUUUUUCAAAUUAGAGGAAAUGAAUCUAAAGGCUGAAGUGAUCCUGCACAAGUACUUCACCCUCAUAGUCAGAGUCAUUGCUCGGCUGCAUCGCCUGAAAAUAUUGCUGCUUUUGUUG